AUGGACUCUGAGCUGACUCGACUCAGAGACGUUUCAAUCGAUGGAUAUGGAAGCAAUGGUCAUGGGUUAGAGUUGGGCGAUUUAAGCCAAGAUUUGAUCGGAGCUGGUGUGUCAAGCUAUGAUUACUUGACUCGACCUGUGAUCUCGUUGCUUGAUUCUUACCAUGACCUUACUGGAUUGCCUUGUAUACUUCCUGUUUCUGCUUCUUUGAAAUAUAUAUACAUUUUUCUCCAGAUAAUCUUAACAGCAUCUUCUGUUCACAAAGUUGAUAAAUUCGCGGAAUUGGCAAAAGCUUACAAGACAUUUCUGAAUCUUUUGACAGUUGCUCUUUAUUUCCUCUCAUUCCAAAUGCCUCAGGGAAGUCUGCUCUACUGGGCUACCAAUUUGUCAUUCAGCAUAGCUCAGCAAUCAAUCCUCAACCAUCCUGUUGUAAGUGCUAAGUUGGGUCUACAAGGAAACGACACUGUUCAGAAAGAGACUGGAAAUCCUAUAUUGACAAACAUUAAUGAAGCCCAACUCUCUGAUUCAUCCUCGAAAGGACGCUUGAUCUCAGUGCAUAACUUAACCCCUAAAGAGUUGGUUGCUCUUUUUGCCAAAUACUUGUCCGGAGGGCACAAAGAAAAAUCAAUUCCGCUAUUAAGGGAAAGACAUCAGAAGGAAUCACACACCUUGAAAGAGUAGCAAACAUGGAAGAGCCUGACGAUCCCAAUAGCAAAGCUCAUUACUUGGAUGAAUUGGUUCUCUACUCAAGUGCUAUAUUUAACGAAGGAAGGAGAGAGGGAGCUGCAAAGUAUUUGAGAAGAGUGGUGGCUUAUGAUCCAUCCUUCAGUGAAUUGUUAAAACAAUGCGAAGAAGAUGAUACCAUUCCCACUUCUUCUUCUUCAUGUAAUUCUACCCACAAAACUUCAUAAUUUUUUUUGUUUCUGUUGUUUUCUUUCCAUAAACUUUACUGAUUUUAUUUUGGGUGUUGGACCAUUGAAAUCGAUUUUUUUUGUUUUGUUUUUUUUUUAUAGACAAAUAGAGAAUAUGGAUAGCUAA